GGCGAUGCGGCGGUGAGCGCGGCGGGGCCGGGCGCCGCCGCGAUGCUCCGCCGCAGCCUCAGCCGCCUGUGUGCUGGGGAGGAGAAGCGGGUCGGUACACGCACCGUGGUGGUCGGGCACCGUCCUGUUUCAGAAACAGAGGCGUGUGUGGCACAGAAGUUCUGCGACAACAGGAUUGUCUCCUCCAAGUACACCCUCUGGAACUUCCUCCCGAAGAACCUUUUUGAACAGUUUAGAAGAAUUGCCAACUUCUACUUCCUGAUCAUCUUCCUCGUGCAGGUGAUAGUGGACACCCCCACCAGCCCAGUGACCAGUGGCCUCCCACUCUUCUUUGUCAUCACUGUCACAGCUAUCAAACAGGGGUACGAGGACUGGCUGAGGCACAGAGCUGACAACGAAGUGAACAAGAGCAAUGUCUUCGUUGUUGAAAAUGCAAAGCAAGUGCGGAAAGAGAGUGAAAAAAUCAAGGUUGGUGACAUAGUAGAAGUGAAAGCAGAUGAGACCUUCCCCUGUGACUUGAUAUUUUUGGCCUCCAGCAGCAUUGAUGGGACCUGUUAUGUCACUACAGCGAGUCUUGAUGGCGAGUCCAAUUUCAAGACUCACUAUGCAGUGCGGGAUACCACUGUGCUCUGUACAGAUGAAGCCAUCGACACCCUCACUGCCACCAUCGAGUGUGAACAGCCACAGCCUGACCUCUACAAAUUUGUUGGAAGAAUUAUCAUCUACAGAAGUAACCAGGAGCCUGUAGCCAGGUCUUUGGGUCCUGAAAACCUGUUGCUGAAAGGUGCUACCCUCAAAAAUACCAAGAAGAUUUAUGGAGUUGCAGUCUAUACUGGAAUGGAGACAAAAAUGGCUCUGAACUACCAAGGGAAAUCUCAGAAACGGUCUGCAGUGGAAAAAUCUAUCAACGCUUUCUUGAUAGUGUAUUUGUGCAUCCUGUUGAGCAAGGCCACUGUGUGCACGACUCUGAAAUACGUCUGGCAGAGUAAUCCAUUUAAUGAUGAGCCUUGGUACAAUGAAAAGACUAAAAAAGAGAGAGAGACAUUCAAGGUCUUGCGGAUGUUCACGGACUUCCUGUCAUUUAUGGUUCUCUUCAAUUUUAUUAUCCCAGUCUCCAUGUAUGUUACAGUAGAGAUGCAGAAGUUCUUGGGCUCCUUCUUCAUCUCUUGGGACAAGGAGAUGUACGAUGAAGAAAUAAAAGAGGGAGCGUUGGUGAACACCUCAGACCUGAAUGAAGAGCUCGGGCAGGUGGAGUACGUCUUCACGGACAAAACCGGCACCCUGACAGAGAACAGCAUGGAGUUCAUCGAGUGCUGCAUAGAUGGGCACAAGUACAAAGACUGCAUGUCGGAGGUGGAUGGCUUCUCUCAGACCGAUGGACUCCCAAAAUACUACGGCAAGGCAGAAAAGAGCCGUGAGGAGCUGUUCCUGCGAGCCCUCUGCCUGUGCCACACGGUUCAGAUCAAGGAAGCAGACCAGGUGGAUGGGCUGAUAGGACACCCAGAGCGCAAAUACACCUACAUCUCCUCUUCCCCAGAUGAAAUCGCUUUGGUGAAAGGCGCAGAAAAGUAUGGUUUCACUUUUCUAGGACUUGAAAACGAUUUCAUGAAAAUACGAAACCAAAAGAAUGAAACUGAGAUGUACCAACUUCUCCAUGUGUUGAACUUUGACCCUGUCCGUCGCCGUAUGAGUGUCAUUGUGAGAACCACCACAGGAAAGUUGCUUCUCUUCUGUAAAGGAGCAGACUCCUCUAUUUUUCCAAGGGUGCAGCAAGAAGAAAUCCAACAAACAAAAGUCCAUGUGGACCGCAAUGCUAUGGAUGGCUAUCGAACGCUCUGCGUGGCCUUCAAAGAAUUAACUCAAAAGGAGUAUGACAAAAUUGACAGACAGCUCAAUGAAGCUAAGAUGGCUCUGCAGGACAGGGAGGAGAAGAUGGCCAAGGUUUUUGACGACACAGAAGCAGACAUGCACCUGAUUGGGGCUACUGCUGUAGAAGACAGGCUGCAGGAGCAGUUGGCAGAGACGAUCGAAGCUCUGCACGCAGCUGGCAUGAAGGUUUGGGUGCUGACAGGAGACAAGAUGGAAACUGCCAAAUCCACCUGCUAUGCCUGCAGGCUCUUCCAGACCAGCACCGAGCUGCUGGAGCUAACAGCAAGGACCAUGGGUGAGAGCGAAAGGAAGGAGGAUCGGCUCCAUGAGCUGCUGAUGGAGUACCAUAAAAAGCUGAUUCAGGAUGUCCCCAAAACCCGGGGAGGCCUGAAGAGAAGCUGGACGUUGAGUCAAGAGUACGGACUGAUUAUAGAUGGCUCGACGCUGUCACUGAUACUCAACCCUUCUCAGGACUCUGGUUCUAGCAAUUACAAAAACAUAUUUCUACAAAUCUGCUUGAAGUGCACUGCAGUCCUCUGCUGCCGGAUGGCUCCUUUGCAGAAAGCACAGAUUGUGCGAAUGGUGAAGAACACAAAAGGAAGCCCGAUAACCCUCUCCAUAGGGGAUGGUGCAAAUGAUGUUAGUAUGAUUUUGGAAGCACAUGUUGGAAUAGGUAUAAAAGGCAAAGAAGGACGGCAGGCUUCCAGAAACAGCGACUAUGCUGUGCCAAAGUUUAAACAUUUAAGAAAACUGCUACUAGCACAUGGGCAUUUAUAUUAUGUGAGAAUAGCACACCUUGUACAGUAUUUCUUCUAUAAGAACCUUUGCUUCAUUUUACCGCAAUUUUUAUACCAGUUCUUCUGUGGAUUCUCACAGCAGCCACUGUAUGAUGCUGCUUAUCUGACCAUGUACAACAUCUGCUUCACAUCACUACCUAUCCUGGCUUACAGCCUCCUGGAGCAGCACAUCAGCAUUGACACGCUGACCUCAGAUCCUCAGCUGUACAUGAAGGUUUCAGAUAAUGCAAUGCUGCAGUGGAGACCGUUCCUGUACUGGACCUUUCUGGGCGCUUUUGAAGGACUCGUGUUUUUCUUUGGGGUUUAUUUUCUGUUUCAGAAUUCAUCAUUGGAAGAUAAUGGAAAGAUUUUUGGGAACUGGACCUUUGGGACGAUUGUUUUCACCGUGCUGGUGUUCACAGUCACUCUGAAGCUAGCGUUAGAUACCCGAUUCUGGACGUGGAUGAACCACUUUGUGAUUUGGGGAUCCCUUGCCUUCUAUGUGUUUUUCUCAUUCUUUUGGGGAGGAGUCAUUUGGCCUUUCUUGAAGCAGCAAAGAAUGUAUUUUGUAUUUGCUCAUAUGCUGACUUCUGUUUCCACAUGGCUGGCAAUAAUUCUCCUGAUCUUUAUCAGCCUUUUCCCAGAAAUUCUUCUAAUAGUUUUAAAAAAUAUAAAAGAGAAAAAUCAUCAGAGCAGCAGGAAGGCACCUGAUUCACUGUCGGCCAGACCUUCUGUCAGACCACUUCUUUUAAGAACGUUCUCAGAUGAGUCUAAUGUGUUGUAAAGGCUGGCCCCUUUGAUCUGCCUGUGUUAGUCUCGUACAAACGUAUAGAGAAUGGUUAUGUGAAGACUGAAGAUGCUGUUACUAAUUUGGCAGAAAGAUAUCCUCUCAGGAUACUUUAAAGUGCUCCAUACAAACCCUGCGUAUUGUCAUGCUGUAGGACAAAACCCAUGGUUUUAACCUAACAGUUCUCUUUGAUAUUACCAAGGACUGUAAGCAGCCAUGCUGAAAGAGCAGCAGCCAGGGCACUGGCCCCACGGUACCUGUUUGUCUUUGGUCUUGUGGUUUCCCCACCCCCCAGAACAACAAUUCUGCCAAAUUCUACGUCAUUGGAGGCUGAGAAAGCAUCUUUACAAAUUCAUCCAAAAUGGCAUGAAUCAAAGUGCAAGAGUGCAGUGCCAGCCCCAUUUCACACGGGGGCUUCCUCUGCCCACUGCAGAUUUGAGAGCAGCAGAGAGCUGCUCAAGUCUCUUGCUCUCCUGACCAAAGAAGUAGCACAGACUUAAACCCAGUAACAGCCCCAUCCAGCUCCCUGAAGGCACUGGGAAAAGCCUGCUCCUCUCACAUGGAAUCUGGAUGCAGCCCUGAGAGCAUCUCUCCUGGUGCUGGGGCUGUGAUCCCUUGGCAGGAGGCAGAAUUACUUGAAAAUUCGGGAGAAAUCUUUGCUGAUCCCUCCUCCAGGUUUGGCUGGAAGCAGUCUGUGGGCUGCCCACAGUGAUGGUGUCCGUGUGGAGACCUGCAGUGCUGGGAAGCACCUGAGCAUCCUCCCGCGGCCGGUUUGCUGAUGGGUUUAUUCCUGCUGGAGGGUGAAGAAAAGGUUGUUCUGUGGCUGUUCAUGAUGGAAGGAAGCUUUUGUGGGGGAGGAAGGAAUCCCAAAAGUUGGACUGUGGCAGACUCUGAGCCUCUCUGCCCAGGCUCCUGUGGCUGUGCUUACAUUACUGCACUGUGCAGUUGCUCCAACACUUUAAAGGCCUGAGUGACAGUGCAGUCCUUGGCUGAUCCCAGGGACAUGGGAUGUGCCUGUGAACCUGCAGGCAUAUAAAACUGCAUCUUGAGUUAUUUGCACUAAGAAAAAAGAAGCCAGUUUAAAAAUAAAAGGAAUACAUGAACCCGAUUUCAUUUUACAUUUUAUUUGGUUUUUAAAUUGGCAUGUUCUUUUGAAAUCUACCUGUACCAUGGUCGUAGGAAUUUUUCUCUUUAGGUCGUGCACAGCAGAGGUGAGAUGCCUGACUCUCAAUAUUUUUAAUUUUUUUUUUUUCUCUGAUACUUCCUAUGUGGAAAGAGCAGCUUUUUUUGUUGUGUUAAGUCAUAAGCAGUGACAGAGCACCCUGUGUGCCACCAUGGGUUGGUGUGACGGUCCCUCCUCCCUCGUGCCGAUUUCCCCCGGCCCCGGCGCUCUUCGGAGUGGGGCAGAGGAACUACUGUGAGAAGCUUCAAGUCUCAUUUCAGAAGCAACAAGCUCUACGCUGCUGCUGGGUUUGGCUCCCGCUCGCUCAGGCUUCGUGUCAUUUACAUGCAAUGAAACAAUUUGGGACUAGAUGGAACGUUCCCCUCACCAGAUUUUGUUAAACUGCAACCUACUGAUUUUUUUGGAAGAAUCGAGUCUCGCUCUCUGGCUGCCACCCCUGCGCUCCGUCUUCAACUGGUGCAGAUCAGCUGCUGGCAAAUUCUCCUGCGCGUCGCAAGGACUUUGGAUGGGCCUUACCUGAGUGGGAGAGGGGUGUGCACAGUCCCUGUGGCCGGUGGCUGCUUUGACAUCACCCAGCAUGGGAGGGGAAGGAUGGACAGGACCACUGUAUUAUACACGCUGCACUGGCCUCAACGCAAGUGGUGUCUGCACCGUGUCAGCGACUGCGGCUCAACUCCUUGCUGCAUGCAAGUAAGGAGCUGCACUGCCAGCAUGUGUCCCAUGGGCAAAGCUUUUUUCUUCUUCUUUUUUUUCCCUUUUCCUAGCUCAUUUCACGGACUUAGAAUUCAACUUGCAGACCUUGUCCCGUUCUCAACUUUUCUUGCUAAAAUGUGGUGCCUACAGAUCAAGUAUACGAUGAAUACAAUGAAGAUACGCUCUAUAUGCCAAAUCUAACCUUUCUCCUUAAAUAUACAGUUGCUGACUUGUGUUUACAUAACCUUUAAAAUGUGGGCACUAAAAUGCCUAAUUCCUGUGAUUCAAAACCAUUCCAAGCCCGAAUGGUCCCAAGCCUCACACCUUGCUUCUCUGUUUUGUGUCACGCUCUAAUCUGAGGUUAAAAGUCUGUUUCCCUGGAAUUCUGCUGGAGGUUCUGCUGGUGAUGUUAAUGGGAAGAGUGAAACUUGCCAUGUGUGUGUGAACUGUCCAAAUAGUCACUUAAACAGGCUAAUUUCUGCAGCCUGUUUAAAGACAGAGUCUUCUUAGAACCAAAUCUCUUCCUGUUUCCAAGUGUCUGGUCCCCACUGGAUUGCAGUAGCUGUAUGUUCAAACCCAAGGUGUGUGUGCUGACUAGUGGGGUGGAUUUAAUGUGAAAUGUCUUGAACAGCAGCUCUUUUAGGAAAAUGCAGGUUUUCUUGGGCUUGGAUCUUCAGCUAGUGCACUGUGAUGUAGUGCUGGGUGCCAGGACCACCAGGUUGCCCUGCACCUGUGGAAGAGCUGAUCCUCAUCAUUCAGUAAUGGCAAAAAUGGAAUUCCUGCUGCUGUGAGUGGCUUGUGAAAUCAGGGGAAACAGGAGACUCCUUUUGAGGUUGGAGAGGGGAAGAAAAAGCAGUGAUAGUGACUAAGGUGUAAGGCAGCAGGAUGCUGAAGUGGCGAUAAUCCGAGAACGGUGCUGUGGUGGUUGUUCGUGUUUCACGAUACCCACUGCACCGUUACGGUGCUCCUCAGUGAGCUAAAAGGUCAGUACAGGCUUAUCAGUGGAAAAUCUUGAAGGAAAAAAGGCUGGGUUUUUCUCAUAAUAAUUUGUUGAAGUUUAAUCACUGACUAGUGACAGUGAAAGAUAAGGAAAGUAAUUAAGAUUCCCUCUAAAACUGUUACAUGAUAACAGUGGAGCUUGGUGUAGUCAUAGCGACUUUUCAAACACUAAUCCUAAUCAUUAUGAGAAUAUUAUAAAUUACUUGGAAUUGCAUAAAAGCUUCAAAUUGAAUUUGUAUACACACAGUUGAAAAAACUUACCUAAUACUGCAGCAUUUAUCCAAUUUCCCAGCUACAAAUUUUUUUAAAAAACAUGUAGUAUAUAGAAAAUGUAAAUUAUAUACAGGCAAUGAGCAGAUACAUUUUCAGCUUCUUGCAAAAAAAAGGACUGCAACCUUACAUUUUUUUCACUUAAAUGCAAUUUUAUACAUUUAUGUUGCUUUAUAUAAAGGAAAUUGAAUGUGAAUGUUACCUUUUAUGAAUGCAACUUGCUCUUUUUUCAUUACAGAAACUUUUGUUUGAAGUAAUCAAUAAACUUUGGUAUGUUGUUCUGAUUAA